UCCCGCCCAACCAGGAAGUGAAAUCCAGCACUCGAGUCCAGGCGGAAAAAGUCAAAAGAUCAACUAUGCAGAUGUAGCCUAAAUGCAGUCAGGGAGAUGCUGACACGAUUGUGUUGCUGCGAAGACUAAAACGCGUACUGGCGCGAUAUUUAUAACGUUCAUAUUGGCGCAAAAGCCGCUGUUAAGAGCAACAUUUGCAUUGCUAUCGAUACAAUUGCUGCCACAGGGAUAGCGGGUAACUUAAACGAUAACGUUGUUAUUUUAAACCCUUACCUCGAUAAUACAGCUUCCGUUUAUUGGCGUACAUCCGAGAAUAAACAUGUAACGUUAUUUAAGUUACCGGAAUAUUUUGAAGACGCGCCGUUUGCAAACUAGGCGCGCGAAAAGAAUAGUAGGUCGCGUGACACGUUGAAUAAACGCGUAACAAGUAUGAAAUUUCAAAAAACUAACACUAACUUCGAAGACGUCUGAAAUGUCGUCGGACAAGUUGACUUGGACACUGACGGGAGCGACGGUGGCGUGUGUUUUGGCGGUGUAUGUCGCCUCUGCUCCGCGCGCUGUGUCCGGUGGAGACUCAGGAGAGCUGAUCACUGCUGCUUGUGAGCUGGGGGUGGCCCAUCCUCCAGGAUACCCGAUCUUCACCAUGUUGGCCUCUCUGAUGCUCUCGCUGCUGCCUCUCAGCUCUCCGGCACACAGUAUCAAUGUCCUGUGCGCUGUCUUUGGGGCCGGGGCCAGUGGAGCCCUCUGCUUCACUGUCUGCAGGAUGGCUGGUCCUGGUCCAGGGGCCGUCCUGGCAGGUGGAGUUUUUGCAGUGUCCAGGCUGGUAUGGCAGUGGUCGAUUGUGGCUGAAGUCUUUUCCCUUAACAACUUGUUUGUGGGCGUUCUUUUCUCACUCUCGGCCUGUUUCCACUGUGCAGAGAGUGUUCAUCACAAGAAGAAGUUUGCUCUAUGGGGGGCGCUCUUCUGUGGGCUGAGCCUGUGUAAUCAGCACACACUGGUCUUGUAUGUUGUCGUCAUAAUUCCCUGGGCCCUCCUGCACCUCUACACUCAUAAUGGUUUGUCCUUCUUUGGUCUGGUGUCUUUGGGGACGUGCUUCCUGGCUGGCUUUGUGCCCUACAUCUACUUGCCCAUUUCCUCCUACCUCAACAGAGCUCGCUGGAGCUGGGGAGACCAGACGUCUCUCCACGGCCUCCUCACACACCUACUCCGAGCUGAAUAUGGCACCUUCAGCCUGGCAAAGACAGAUGAAAACUUGAACCUCCAAAAAUUUUUAUGGGCUCAGUGGAAUCACUGUAUGAAUGAUCUGUCUACUCCAGUACUAGUGCUGGCACUUCUAGGCAUUUUAUUGUCUUUGUGGAACAGACUGCGCUGUGUUUUUAUCUGGUUGAUUGUCACUAUGGUGAGCAUCUACUCUGUGUUCUUUGCCUGGAGAGCAAACCUGAAUAUUGAGAAGCCUCUUCUGCUGGGAGUGGUGGAGCGCUUCUGGCUGCAGGCUGAUGCUGGGGUGUGUGUUCUGGCUGGUCUGGGUCUGAACUGGGCCGUGUGUUGGCUGAAUGGGCAUCUGGGCUGGAGGACGCUGUGGAACACAGGAGCCUGGAUUCUCACUGCAGGCCUCAUCUCACACAUGAUCAGCUUAAACCACAAAGAGUGUGAUCAGAGCGGUAAUGACGUGGUGGACAGGUUUGGCCGUGAGGUUGUGUCGUCAUUGCCGGUGAGCUCGUUGGUUCUGACUCGUGGUGAUCUCCCAGGAAACACACUGCGCUAUGUGCACUACUGCCAGGGUCUCCGGCCAGACCUCAGCCUUGUUGACCAGGAGAUGAUGACGUAUAGCUGGUAUGUGGCAAAACUCCAGAAGCAUUUACCUGGAGUCACGUUUCCUGGGCGCUGGUGGGAUCCAAUCGACACCAUGGAAAAGAAAACAUUCAGCAUUGAGCAGUUUCUCAAGCACAAUAAGCACAGGCCAGUAUUUUUAUGUAUUGGCCUAACUGAGGGUGACCCCAGCUGGGAGAGGAGUUUCUCUCGUUGGCCCUGGGGCGUCUGUGAGCAGUUGGUACCUGUCAAAGCUCCAUUUGACCCUGAAAAAUGGGCCCAAAAAACACUUGACCUUUACAACUGGAGCCAGCCACAUGACAGCUUCCACCCUGGCUCCUGGGAGAGAGUUGCAAAUGAGGAGAUGUGGCAGGCCAGGAUGAAGACAGCUUUUUUCCUGUUUGACCUGGCUGAGAACAUGGAGAAGGAACAGCAGGCCCGUCUCUAUGAGCUUUCUUACAAUCUGUAUUGUCAAAUAGUGGAUGCCCAGGUAGACUACCCAGCAAACUGGGAUAAGAACCUGGCUCUUGCCGCAGAACGUCUGCUGCGAUCAGGGGGCAGAGGUCAUGGUCUAGAUUCCCUUCUGAGUCGCAGCAUCCGCCACUUCAGCCGCUACCUUCAGAGAGAACCCACCGAUCCCCAGAGCAAAGCCAUCCGCUCCAUCAUCACACAUCUCAAGAAAGAGCGCGAGAAACUCAGAGACAGACAGAAGGCUUGAGACAGGAAUUGACAUAAAUUGUCUGAAACAACACAGAGAGCCUUCAAAACACUGAAAUCACCUACGACACUACAUAGGUGCAGAUAGCACAAUAAGGUAAGAGAGAGGGUCGUAAAUAUUAAGAAAGCUGUAAAGACAAAAUUUAAAGACAGUGCAGGUGUGACUGAAGACAGUAACUGAUGUUUAUUUUACCAAUACACAGAUUAAUCUCAAAGUAAAUUGGACACAAAAUGCUAAAAUGGACCAAUCUGUCAUAACAUGAGUUUUAUACAGAGAUCUUUUAUAUUGUAGGAUAUGAGCUGCUGAUCCAUAACCACAUCAUUGUAACAUCAGAGUUAGCUGUUCAUUUAGUUGACAGACAUUAUUUUAUUAACAAGAUGACAAAUUGGUCGGUUAUAAAAAUCAGGGAUUAAUUUAUAUUUCCUCAACAUGCUAAACUCAAACAUCUACGACUCCAAGAUUCAAGAGAAUUUCCACUGUGAAGGUAAAGGGACCCAAUUUUCUUAACUCUAAUUGAAUUUGUUGCAUUUGUGUGUAUCUUUUGUAAUAAAAUUUUCACGCUUUCAACAUGUUAAUAUGCGUUGAG